AUGCUGAAGUUGUUGGCUCUGGUGGCACUUGCCGCUGCAGUUCGUGCUCAGCACGGCACUGUCGGCAGGCCAUGUGAGGUAUCUACCGACUGCGGAACUGGAAAUUAUUGUGCCGGAAACAAGCGGUGUGCCUGCUUGACGACGUACGUCGAGAUUGACUCGUACUGCUGGAGAAGUAAGUGUUUUUGAAGAGAGGCAUCCCAUUGGUCACCAUUUCCUUGUGCUAGCUUCUCGCCUCGCUUUCUAAUUUCAAUUCUCAUUCUUGUCGUUUUCCAUCGUUAUUCAUAUUUCGCGCAUCCGUGUAUUCAUAUUGAAUACGAACGUCUUCUCAUAUUAGGCACUCUUCUUUCCUCUCCUCCUCCUUUUUCAUCCCAUCGCCCUUUCACAACUUCCAUAUUUCUCUCACUCUGUGUGUGUGCGAAAAUGACAUCGAAAGCGUCUAGACCGUUCCUCUCCCCUCAUGUUAUCUGACACAACGGUUCCCGUAACACGGGCGCCAUUUCUAGGUCUUUAUCGUCGUCGCCGUGAGUUGAUCGGGUCGUGUGCCUCUUCAGAUCUCUCCGAUGUGCUGAAGCAGCGAGUCGAGUCGGCUCCCGGCGUAUUCCCCCAGUCAUCUUCCCCCUCAUAUCGUCGCCUUCCCGAUAGAAUCCCUCGUUUCUCAGCGUAUUCCUGUUUUCAGCUUUUUUGUUCUCUCUUUCACUGGGUUGUCUUUCCGGCUUCGUUGCACUUCCGAAAGACGUUCCAGUGCCCCGUGUUCCGUUUUAUCUCUGUCAAAUUGUAUCCUGUCUUAGUCUACCAUAGGUCCUUCCCACCUUCUUGUCAAACAUCAACAGUCUUCCCUUUCUGUCAAGUCAUCCGACCGUUCAGAUGGCUUGAUUUGUUGCGUCGUUCCACCGCUUAUCGCCGUCGUUUUGCUGGGUUGUUGUUCUCCUUCCUGGCGGGUUUUUGUUCUCAAUUUAAUUAGUCUUCCUUCUGUUUUUUCCUCCGAUUUUAGUCGUUCCUGCAAAAGUCACAAACACAAGCACUCCAGGACUCCCCCGACUGCUUCUUCUUCUUCUCAUCUCCCACUCCUCCUCCUCCUCCUGCUCCCGCUCUGUCUCCUCCCUUCCUUGUGAACCAUAUUCCUUUUGAUAAAUAAGUUAUGAAUUGAUUUUUAAUUUAAGAUAAGACCGCUUCAGUGUACUUUGGCUUUUCUAAGAUCCUUCUAAAGUCUGAUGAAUAAACUUUGCAAAGUACUAACAUGUCUGAUUAACACGGGAAACCUGAAAAUUGGAACACGCUGACCUAACUUGCAGAGAUCAACCCGGGAGAGUCCGGAUGCACCCAAAACAGACAGUGCGAAGCUGUCUGGCCAGGAGCUUACUGUCGUUCCGGAGAGUGUCGAUGUGCGAAUAACCAGCCGCCGUUCCGAACCCGCGACGGCCUCGUCUGCCUCAAUUACGGAUUCUGCCCUCUGAACGGAAACAACCCCAAGUUCCGCAUCGAGAACCAAGUGCAACAGUGCUACGGAGGCGCCGACGCCACGUGCGAAGCCAUCGGAGCCCUCGCCUACGACUGCAUCUGCGAUUCCGACGACUGCACAGUCAACAAUCCGAUCAGUUUCUGCUGUCCGUCCCGUGCUUUCGCUUGCAUUCAGCCUCCAAAUGAAGGAUACACUCCACCGGGCGGCGGCACCACUCUCAACCACUGGUACCACGACCCGAUCACCGGAGAGUGUAGAGAGCUCAAAUACCAGGGAUACGGUGGAAACGCCAACAACUUCCAGACGAAGGACCAUUGCGAAUCUUACUGCAAACAGAGUGAGACUCCCCACACAGAAAACACGUUUUCAAAUGUUUAUCGUUUCAGCGUGCAAUCGUGGUCUCCCAUUGUACCGUGACCGUACCACAGGAGUGAAGCAAGAGCCAGUGUACUGCCAGGGCAACGACAACGGAUGCAACAACCCGAAUUACCAGUGCACGACCAUGGGAACUCUCCAACAGUGCUGUCCCACUUACCGUAUGCACAGAAACCCUUCCAGACAGAUCGCAACGUGUUUCAGUGUUCAUCUGCUCCCGCAACGGAGGUAUCCCAUCGGAAGUGUACAACACCGCCGGAGGACUUCCAACCGAGUACUUUGACGUCGGAAUUCCGGACGGUUCUGGCAACACUUCGCCCAGAUUCUACUACGAUUCGCGAGAAGGCCGUUGCAUUCAAUUCUCGUAUCUCGGACAGGGAGGAAACUUCAACAACUUCCUCUCCCAAGAUCACUGCGAGAAGUUCUGCUCCAGAAGUAAGUGACGUCUCCUUCAGAUCUUCCAUUAAUCCCCUCCAUUCAGUCCUUUGCUCUGCUGGAGAGCCCCUCAAGGACUCGUCCGGCGAACGCAACAUGGAGUGCUCGCCGACUGGCUCCGGAGCCAACUCGUGCCCGUCCACUCACUCUUGCGAGUCCACUUCCGGCUCGACGACCUUCGGCGGAGUUUGCUGUCCACGUCCGCAGUACGUAUGCAAGUUGCCGCGCGAGCAAGGAAACUGUGGAACUUACUCGAACCGCUGGUGGUUCAACGCCAAAACCGGGAACUGCGAAGAGUUCAUCUACUCCGGAUGCCAAGGAAACGCAAACAACUUCGAGACUUACAAGGAAUGUCAGGAUUACUGUAGAGACGCGCGCAGUGAGCCACAGUGUAUCCAGGGAACUGCUCUCACCGACUCCAACGGAAACUUCAUCAUCUGUGGGGGAUCUUCUGCCGCCUCGACCACUUGCCCGGCCAACCACUACUGCUACUACGACGGAACGACCUACGGAUGCUGCCCGACUCAGGCCUACACCUGCUCCCUUUCCUACAAGUCUGGAGCUUCCUGCGGACCGGCCGUCACUCGUUGGUACUAUGAUUCGACCACCAGAACCUGUCAGACUUAUUCUUUCAACGGAUGCGACGGAAACUCCAACAACUUUGCCACCCAACAAGAUUGUAAGGAUUACUGUAGAGUCGAAUCAUGCCCAGACGGAGGAGAAGUCUGGAAGGAGCAGAAUGGAGCCGCGCGUGCGUGCACAACCAACCGACAGUGUCCGUCGACUCACUACUGUACGCCAGUCACCACGUGGACCGGAACCGUCUACCAGACCAAGAGUCUCUGCUGUCCUUCCAAGAACUUUGUGUGCUCUCAACCACGCGACGUUGGAGUCCGUUGCUCGAGCACUCGCAUCAGCAGAUGGUACUUCAACGCCGAUUCGAAGACGUGUCAGACCUUUGAGUACAACGGAUGCGAGGGAAACAGAAACAACUUUGCUUCGCAGAAGUCGUGCCAGAAUUACUGUCUUUCGGAGGCGUGCCCUCCAGGAACCGUCGUUGCAAAGGACGGAGACGGCAGCAGACUCGUGCAGUGCUCGAAUCCAGGAGGAAACGGAAGAGUUUCCGGAGGAUGCCCAGAGGGAUACACCUGCUACUCCUCUCCACUUCUCGAUCAGAAUGUCUGCUGUGGAGCUUCUACCGAACUUCAAUGUGAGUCAAAUCAACCUGUUCUGAUAACGUGACCAUCCGAUUCCAGCUCUUUGCCCUGCCGCUUCUACUCCAUUCAUCUCGGCUCUCUCGCUUCAGCCAAUGCAGUGCACUCCGAAUGUGGACGGUGCUUGUCCCGGCAACUUCUUCUGCUGGUUCUCCACCACUACCACUUCCGUCAACGCCUUUUACUGCUGCAGAUCUCCAGACAGCGUGGACACUGGAUGUAAGUCUCUCUGAUCACAAAGUCUUUCUUCCAACUGAUGCCUUCCAGACUGCCCACCUCAACUCGUGCCAGUCCCAGGAGAGAGCGGUGCUCAGUACAAGUACUGUUCCCCAUCGGCUCCGCUCAACGACGCCAUCCAAGGCUGCGGAGCUAACAGACACUGCCAGUUCUCGACCAACCUGGAGAGAUACAUCUGCUGCGGUCUCGAGUCGGACGUCCGAUUGCCGAAUGUGUGUCCGCCACAGCCAGCCAAUCUGGUGCCAGUCGAGUUGGCUGGAAACUACAGGACAUGCAACCCGUAAGUGACGCGAAAGGACCGGACACGUGUCUGAAUAAUUCACUUGCAGGUACGCGCGCGCAGGAACUCCUCAGUCGUGCCCCGACAAUUCGGCGUGUCUCUACACGGGCAACGACAACGGAUUCAUCUGCUGUCGGGUGCAAUUGGGCAACGGAAAGAGCUAG